AUCAUUUGAGAACGGGUUUUGCGCUAGUGUGGCUUACCGCUCGCGCGGCCCAUUGGGACAAAUGGCUGCGUUGUUAAACGUCGCUGUCGUGGGCGGCGGUAUUAUGGGCGCGGCGAUCGCCAACGCUGCGAGUCGCGUAGGGGCGAAGGUCCGGGUGCUGGACGUGGAGGCCCGGCCGGGCUGCGGCGGCUCCACCCGCUCCACGUGGGCCUGGCUCAACGCGCAGAAGAAACUCCCUGAGCACUACAGGGACCUCAACCUGGCUGGCCUGCAGCGCUGGAAGGCGGACUGGCCGCACCUGAUCAACCCCUGCGGCAGCCUGGUGUUUGGAGACGACGAUUCGCGCAGCCUGACAGACGCCGUCUACCCCGCACAGCGCCUGGGGUCGGGGGAGGUGCUGCAGCGGGAGCCCGGCAUCGCGCCAGGCAUGGCGGCCCGCGGCGCGCAUCUGUGGGUGCAGGAGGCUUACGUGGACCCGCAGGAGGCGUGUGCGGCGAUGCUGGCGGCGGCGGAGGCGCGGGGGGCGGAGGUGCUCCUGGGGCCCGGGCAGCGAGUGGAGCGACUGCAGGUGGAGGCGGUGGCGGACGAGCAGCAGGAGGGGAGACAUGGCGAGUUGGGAGCUGGCAGGCGGAGAGUUACAGGUGUGGUUACGGCGGACGGCAGCUACCACGCGGCAGACGUGGUGGUGCUGGCGGCGGGGGCGGCUUGUGGCCCCCUGGCGGCGGGGGCGGGUGUGGAGGUGCCGCUGCUGCACAAGCCCGCGGUAAUCGCACUCACGCAGCCGCUGCCGGGGCCGCCGCUCACCCGCCACCUGCUGUCCAGUGAGGAGGUGUUCGCGUUCCAGAGGCCAGAUGGGUCCUACAUCCUAGGCGACACGCGCGCUCACGAGGACGGCAGCCAGGCAUGGGGCGAGUCGCUGCUGGCUCGGGCCACUGCGCUCGUGCCGGGGCUGGCGGAGCGGGGCGCCCGGGUGGAGGCGGUGCAGGUGGCGCACCGGCCCUGGCCCAAGGACGGCCACCCGAUCAUAGGUCCGGCAGCUGCACUGGGCUGCCUGGGUCUGUACGUGGCCACCAUGCACAGCGGCAUGACGCUGGCGCCGCACGUGGCGGAGCUGGUGGCGCAGGAGCUGCGGCACUGGCAGCGAGAGAUGGGGCGGGCGGAGGGCGCGGCCCCGGAGCUGCUGGCUGCGCAGGCGCUGUUGCGGCCGUACCGCCUGGAGCGGUCUUACGACUCGGGGGUGGCGGCGUACGGCUGGAAGCAGUGAUGUUCACAGGUGGACAGAAGACGACAGAUGUGACGUGGCGUGGGUGGGCGUUUCAAGUUUGCAGGGCGUGGGAGGACCGUUACUGUGCUGAGCACUCAGUACGGUUGAUACUUUGUGAAUCUUACGAUGGACAGUGAUAGCGAGUAGGCAUUUAGGUAGCGGCUACGGACCAGGAGGGGCUGUAGACAGGUGCAGGCGCACGAAUGUGAUAGGAAGAGGGCCUUCGGUGCAAAGGGAACGGUGCACGCAUGCAUUGCCAUGCAACCAACGUGAGCUGGCCCCAUACAGACAAUUACUGAUUUACUGUAGCUUUGACUGGCAGUAGCUUCAUGGCGCGCUGACCGCGGCCUGGACCGCAGCCACCAUGGCGCGCCGAGAUGGGGUAGACUCGCGAGGGGUUUUGUGGAGUGCUCAGAAGCCUUUCAACAUGUCAUUCACCAUAGAUCAUGACUCUGAUAUAGAUGCUAUUACCAUGCAUUUAAUUGCUGGCCACGGCGUUUGAGCGGUGCACCGUUGACUGCGCGUGCCAUGUCGA